UCCACAGAAUGGAGCGAGAAUGAGCAGAGUGCGGUCGAGAGUGAAGCAUGAACUGGAGGCUCAUUGAAGUCACUUACUUCCUGUUUAUAUGGAACCAUAUAACAGUUCAGUCUUCCCGCCAAGAGCCCUCGGCCAACGAGCAGCAUGUUACCAAGCAGUUUGACUGGCUCAUCUCUGACCGUGGGCCUUUCCACCACUCGAAGGGGUACCUAUCCUUCAUGGAAAGAUUUCGCCAAGGAUUCACGACCCGGUAUAAAAUUUAUAGGGAGUUUGCACGUUGGAAGGUGAGGAACACGGCCAUCGAGAGGCGGGAUCUGAUCCGGAAUCCUCUGCCCUUGAUGCCAGAGUUUCAGCGCAGCAUGCGGAUGCUCGGACGACGGCCGUCCACGCAACAGUUCAUCGACACCAUCAUCAAGAAAUAUGGGACGCACAUCUUGAUCUCGGCCACGCUGGGAGGUGAGGAAGCUCUCACCAUGUACAUGGCCAAGAACAAGCUGGACCGGAAGAUGGUCAACGCCACCCAAGGAGUCGAGGCACUGCACCAGCUCGCCUCCUCAUACUUCAUCGACCGAGAUGGCACCAUGCGCAAACUCCACGAAAUACAGAUCUCCAGCAACGCCAUCAAGGUGACGGAGACGCGGACGGGUCCACUCGGCUGCAGCACGUACGAUAAUCUCGACUCUGUCAGUUCUGUUCUUCUUCAGAGCCCGGAGAGCAAACUCCAUCUGCAAGGUUUGCAGGUCAUUUUCCCCGAGUACCUGCAGGAGAAGUUCGUCCAGUCAGCUCUCAGCUACAUCAUGUGCAACGGCGAGGGAGAAUACGUCUGCCGGAACAGUCAGUGCAUCUGUCAGUGCGCCGACGAGUUCCCACAAUGCAACUGUCCCACCACUGACCUCCAGAUCAUGGAGAACACGCUCAUCGGCAUGGCAGAGACUUGGGAGGCGUCUUACAAUGACUUUGAGAACUCAGAUGAGUUUAAGUCAUUUCUGAAACGUCUGCCCGCAACACACUUCCUGCCGGUGAGCAGCGUGCACCUGCUGUGGGGCAGUGACUGGGACCUUCAGAACCGCUACCGGCUCUUGCAGAGUUCACUGGAGGCCCAAAGACUGAAGAUCCAGCGCACGGCCCGGAAACUCUUCGGUCUGAGCAUUCGCUGCCACCACAACCCCAACCACCAGAUGCCCAGGGAGAGAUCGGUGCUACAGUGGCUGAACCGCGUGCAGUCGUUCCUCUACUGCAAUGAGAACGGCUUCUGGGGAACCUUCCUGGAGAGCCAGCGCACUUGCGUGUGCCACACAGGGGCCACCCUUUGCCAGCGUCCCAUCCCUUGUGUGAUCGGCGGCAACAACAGCUGCGCCAUGUGCAGCCUGGCCAACAUCUCGCAAUGCGGCUCCUGCAACAAGGGCUACAAGCUGUACCGCGGGCGCUGCGAGCCGCAGAACGUGGACUCAGAGCGCAGCGAGCAGUUCAUCAGCUUCGAGACCGACCUGGACUUCCAGGACCUGGAGCUCAAGUACCUGCUGCAGAAGAUGGACUCGCGGCUGCACAUCCACACCACCUUCAUCAGCAACGAGGUGCGCCUGGAGACCUUCUUUGACCCGCGGUGGCGCAAGCGCAUGUCGCUGACGCUCAAGAGCAACAAAAACCGCAUGGACUACCUGCACAUGAUCGUAGGCCUGUCCAUGAAGAUCUGCCAGAUGCGCAACAGCAGCGUGGACCCCAUGUUCUUCGUUUACGUCAACCCGUUCAGCGGCAGCCACUCGGAGGGUUGGAGCAUGCCGUUCGGAGAGCAUGGAUACCCACGCUGGGAGAAGGUGCGACUGCAGAACUCGCAAUGCUUUAACUGGACACUGCUGUUGGGAAACCGCUGGAAGACCUUCUUCGAGACGGUGCACAUCUACCUGCGAAGUCGCGCUAAGGUGCCCACCGUCCUGCGAAAUGACACGGGCCAGGGCCCGGUGGACUUAUCCGAUCCCAACAAGCGGCAGAUCUACAUCAAGAUCUCCGACAUACAAGUGUUCGGCUACAGCCUGCGAUUCAAUGCCGACCUGCUGAGGAGCGCCGUGCAGCAGGUCAAUCAGUCGUACACACAGGGGACCCAGUUCUACUCGUCCUCGUCCAUCAUGCUCCUGCUGCUGGACAUACGGGAGAGAAUUAACCGCCUGGCCCCUCCGGUGGCCCCUGGGAAGCCCCAGCUGGACCUGUUCUCCUGUAUGCUGAAACAUCGGCUCAAGCUCAACAACAGUGAGAUGAUUCGCGUGAAUCACGCCUUGGACAUGUACAACACAGAAAUCUUGAAACAAUCAGACCACCUGACUACCAAACUUUGCUGAAAACACAAUUGGAAAGAAGAAACCGUUGUAUUGAGGACAAAGAAUAAAACAAAAGGGAGCGAGAGAAAGAGAGAUAAUCCGUUUUAUUUUCUUUCUCCGUUUGAUUUGGAACCUUUUGGUUUGCUUUUUUGAUGUAUUAUUAACAACUUUGUAAGUGUAAUUGUUAAACGGAAACUAAAAAUACAAAGAGAAAUCAUUUUAGUUCACUAAAGGAAAAGAAAACAAAAAACAACAACAAAAAAUACUGUAUCAUAUUUGUCGAAGCAUGUCUGUCAUUUCCUAAAAAAAAAAAAAAAAAAAAGAAGAAUAUGAGAAAAGAUCACAAUUACUAUUAAAUUCAACAUCCAGUGACACAGAGGCCUUGAUUUUACUUUGAGGGAACAAAGGUACAUCUUAAACUGCCAUUCUUUACUGGUUAACACAUUUUUAGAGAUGUAAAGACAACUACGUAAGGGCAGAACCAAAAUACAGUCAUUCAUUUGAGGCAGUACCAUGUUGUUAUCACGCAUCUUUUAGAUGAGGUUUAUACAACGUAAGGAUUCAUUGACUGUACCGUGUCUUGUCCUUUCAUACGACACCCUCUGAGAGAGCUUGGCAUUGAGUUCAGUACAGAUGUCCACCCUUUCUUGCUGGACAUCCAGUUUUCUUGAUUGCCGUUUAUUGCAGCUCGCCAGGUGAACUGAAUCCUGCGUGGGCUCCCUCUGUUGUAUUUUCAGAUUUGCGCUCUUGUUCUUCAGCGAGGUCAAGUCGCCUCGGUGCCUGAGUGCAGUAUCUAUGGUUGAACAUAAUCAAUUCAUGCUAUUUCGUACUGCUUCGCAUAAUGUACACGUUGUGAUUGCUGAUGUGUCAAGCUUUUUUGCAGCACCGUGAACAAAAUUUGAUCAUUUUUCUUUAAGGGUCAGCAUAAAGCCAUACAUUUCUCAGAGGGAUGAAGGAAAAAAAAAAAAAAAAAAAAAAAAAAAAAAAAGAGAAGCUGGGCACAUUUUGUGAGAAAUGUCCUAUAAAUUGCUUUUGUAUUUUUGUUUUUCAGUCUUUUUCUAAUGAAAUAUAGCACAGUGGUCUGAAAAAAAAAAGAAAAGAAAAUUAUAUAUAUGUACCGCGGGAUUAUGGCAUGACAUUGUAAAGCCAUUGCAUUUUCAUUAACAAGAGUGAAUCCACAAGAACAGUAUAUUAAAGCUUCAAAUAUCUAUGAUGGUUUUAAUCUCAAAAUCUGCUUGUAUACCAAAUGUACACUUUACUUUUAUAAGAUUUCAUUUGGGUUUUAUAUUCCUUGAUGCAAUUCAGGUUUAACUUUUUGACAUGUCGACUGAUUAAUCUCUCUACUCUAAAAUCUUGGGACGGGGGAUUUUUAUUUUUUUAUUUUAAUUUAUUUUUUUGUGCAAAAGAACCCUAGACAACUAGAGCAAUUUCUUGCAUAGGGAGAAUGCCAUUAUUAUUAGCGUUUAUUAUUUUAUUGCCAUUAUUAUUAUUCAAUCUUAUUAAGUGCCUGUUAGCUAUCCCUUUAAUGCUUUUUUCUUUUUUUUCUUUUCUUUUUUUGUGUUUAACAGGAAGAUACCAUCUUAAUCUAAACACAUGCCAUUUGACUCAUGGGAACAGGGCCAAAAGCUUUCUUGCUGUACUCUGCAUGAAUUGAAAAUAACCUUUUGAGAGGAGACUUAACUUGGUUAAUGAAUUAGAGUUAAAUGUGUAUUAUAAGUGUAAAUACCUAUUUUGUCUUGAUAUAGCCAUGGAUUCAAAAGCUUUUCUUAGAUAACUGCAAAUGAACCACAGCCCAUUAAACACAAAGCAAACUCCCCUUGAGCACAAGUUCUGUAAAUAUCGCAGGUCCCCCACAAAAAGCAUUCGCCCUCAUCUGGAGAAACAUCACCAGCUGAAAUUGAUCUUGUCCAAGCUAAAUCUGUUAAUGAUCUACACGAGCACAUGCUUACAGCCUUCCAUACACUUCUGUUGAAACCAUGUACGACACACUUUCUGAUAGAGCGUUCAGUGGGUUGAGAAACUGCUUUCAAGUACUUUAUGUAAUUUCUGCUGUUCUGUUGAAAUAACUAUAUCGGCUUUCUUCAAAAUGAAUGUUUCAAAUAAUAAUCUAUUUCUCAUUAAAAUGCUAUAUUUAAUAAGAAGA